GCUGACAACACAACAGUACAAGUCGGGAGUUAGGCGAUGAUGUCUGACUCUGGAAGCGAAGAGGUCGCCGUGAUCGGCAAUACAGAUAUCACAUCGGUGGAAUCGGAGAAUAACAUCGUAAACACGAUGGUGGAGAGAGGGUCAGCUUUGCUGCGAAAGCUGGAGAUAAAUGUGACCGAAGCAGAGAAGAGGACAGGGAAAAAUACAGUUAACAUGCAGGAAACGUACACGGUCUACCUCAUAGAAACACGACCUGCUGAAUCAGUCUCAGAGGGGGGUACCCCUGGUGCUCCGGAUUCUUUGUGGAGACGCUACAGUGAGUUUGAGCUGCUCAGAACUUACCUUCUAGUCACCCACCCCUACGUCGUAGUCCCCCCUCUACCAGAGAAAAGGGCAGAGUUUGUGUGGCACAAGCUGUCAGCUGACAACUUGGAUCCAGACUUUGUGGAGCGACGGAGAGUUGGCCUGGAGAAUUUCCUGUUGCGUGUAGCAUCACAUCCUGUCCUCUCCAAUGACAAACUCUUCUUCCUCUUUCUCACAGAAGAAAAAGGUUGGAGAGAGGCAGUUCUGGAGACAGGCUUCCAAGACAAGGUUGAUUCAAGGCUAAAGUCUUUGAGUGCCAUGUUUAGAGUCAAGAACCCAGACAAACGAUUCACAGAGCUGAAACAGUACAGCGAUGAACUCAAUAGCGUCAUCUCUCAGUUGUUGAGAAUUCGAGCAAGAGUAGCAGACAGGUUGUAUGGUGUCUACAAGGUCCAUGGUAACUACGGUAGAGUCUUCAGUGAGUGGAGUGCUAUUGAGAAAGAGAUGGGAGACGGACUUCAGAGUGCUGGCCAUCACAUGGACACGUAUGCUGCAUCAGUAGAUGACAUUCUGGAGGAAGAGGAACACUAUGCUGACCAACUGAAAGAAUACCUUUUCUACACAGAUGCAGUCAGAUCAGUAUGUAAGAAGCAUGAAUUGAUCCAGUAUGAACUGGAAGUGGCAGCUCAGGACCUGGCCAAUAAGAAGCAACAACGAGAAGAACUGGCAACUGGGACAGUGCGUGUGUUCUCUUUGAAGGGUAUGACCAGUAAGCUGUUUGGCCAGGAGAGCCAGGAGCAGAGAGAGAGCCGGCUUGCAGCCCUUGAGCUCAGCAUCCAGGAAGGAGAGCAGGCCCUCAAAGAAAAGAACGCAGAAUGCCAAGAAUUUGUGCGGACAGCCUGGGAAGACAUAGAGCGCUUUAAGGAACAGAAAGACAGAGAUUUGCGGGAGGCUCUUAUCAGCUAUGCUAUCAUGCAGAUCAGCAUGUGUAAGAAGGGAAUUCAGGUUUGGUCCAAUGCCAAGGAGUGUUUCAACAAGAUGUGAGAUGUCCCUUGACCAAUCGGUUUUACAGACACCUAAGCAACUAGCCAAUCAGAUUGUUCUGAUCAGAUUUUGGCCUUUGGCCAUUCAUUUUACUGCAAUCCCAAAGAGAUGAAUGGUGAGAGGACAGAGGCCACUAUAUUGUUGCUAUAUUAAAGAAGUUCCUGAGGAUUUACUUGCACUCAAAAACACACUGAGAUUAAGACAAUAAUUUCUUUUUGGUUCUAUUUUGAAAAAUGGAAUUUAUCUAUGCUUUGUAGAUCCAAGUGUGUUUUCGUUACAACACACCUUCCAUUAUGCUGCCCACAGGUUUAAGUAUCAAAGAAGUUCCACUUACUAAUUCCUCUGUUGUCUUAGACUGAACAUUUUCAUUUGCCUCUGGAAAUUUAACAGUACAGAUCAGGGAGGACUCUAAAAUGAGUGCCAAGAUCAUUGGUUUUCUCUCGGCCUUGCUUGGUUGAGUGAUGCGUAAAAUUUACCUCACUAGAUAUUUGUAGUGAGAAACUGGACAUUUCAAUUAGUAAUGAACCUUUUUUUGUUGCCUUGCUUGGUGAAUCAAUUGUUUUAUGAGAUUUUUUUCCCCAAUUUAAUCAAUUAUACGUCAAGGGUUUUCACACUAACACUCGUGCUCGCAAAAAAAAAAAUCCUCAUUACAAUUUCAGUACCAGAGACCUGCUUCUUUGCUUCUGGUUUGGUCUAAGUUAAUAGUUUUUGGCAAUCAUACAUACAAUAUUUAGAGAAAAUCCUAAAUAAAAUAUCUGGUCAAGAAUUUGUUUAAAAAAAAAAGAAGAGAUUCACCUUUUUUCUAUAUAUCCCGAUUAACAAAGAAAGCUGGUCAUUUGCACAAAAUGAUGAGCAAGCCCCUUUGCUUAACUGCAACAAUCAAUUGUUGCAUAGACAAGGCUCAAAAAGUCAGCUUAAGAGCCCCCAUUCACCUGCACAUCUUAGAAUGGGAGCAUCCCCAAAGCGCUCAAAACAUAAGUAGGGGUGUCCAUUGAAUUGCAGGUGCUGAGGAAGUCUGAUGUUUGGCAUUCAGCUUCUUAAGACUUUAAUUCAUGGAUUACAUAUCAUGGGGUGGUUCGAUCAACAUUUAGGACCUCGGAGUCAAACAUUAAACUUGAUCCCAUGAAAUUGCGUUAAUACUUGGUGUCAGACAGAGAUCCACAACUAAUCUUGUAAUCCAUUGUAGGUUCUGAUCCAUUAUUAAAAACUAGGUUAUAGAGGACGGUACUGGACCAAAGUUGUUUGACACAGUCACAACAUAUUUCCUUUGUUUCAUAUACAUUUCCUCACACUGACAUCAAUCGUGCUGUUUUUUGCUAAAAUAACAAGUGCCAAAGUGCUAUUGACCAAAUGCAUAGAGGUGAUUGGGGAAAAAAAAUGGCGACAGAGAACAAGCUUUUGUUAGUCUUGCUAGUUGGUGGUAAUUUCUUGCUGAACAUGCAGACAAAUAAUGAGUCGUACAUUCUGUAUAUUGAAAUCACCAAGACCAAUUCGCACAAUUUGGAUAAUAGUCGAACCUCCUUCACCUGGACUCCACAAAGGAGAGACCACUUUGGAGGACUGAAACACACACACACAACUACCUGAUCUACUAGUGUGAAUCUUUCACGGUAAUUGUUGAAGAACAGUUGAUCACAGAUUUAGAUGUUUACGCCUUUUUCUAAAGAUGAAUCUCCGUAGCCUUAAUUUGUAAAUCGUUUGUUUUGUAUAUGUUGCAAGAGCGGCUGAACAGGAAGGUAGAUAGGUCAUCUGUUCACACCGUCUUAGUGCCUCAUCUUCUCUCAUGGGUCCAGGACAUUUUUUUUUUUGUGUCGCUACAUAUGAAGGGAAUACGCGAUGGCAGAGUACAAAAAUUGCAGGUGCACAUUUUCACCACUUGGUAUGCAGUAAGACCAAUCAGAUUUUUUCCUGCUGAUGCAUUACAUGCCCAGACUACACCUACUGUCAUUUGUCUUUGUGAGAUAUCCAUUCCAGGGAAGAUGACUUUUGUAAACAUGGUUGCAAAGUGGAACUGGAAUUACAGAGAAAGAAGGAAGUCCUGCAGAGAUUAUUGUCCUCCGGUGAAUCCUAUCCUUUGAGAAAUGUUACAAGCAUAUAACCAUAAUCUUUACUAAAAAUACGGUUUGAAAAAUCCAGGAUUGGGGCUUUAAUGUGUGUUAUAAUGGACACAUAAGAUGACUUAUUUUAAUGUUUAUGUAAUCAUUGUGGCAAGACACUAAUAAACUCUUGUUUCUUUUUAUGUUAUUUUGAGUUGAAUUUUUUUGAAUUCUAUAAUUGCAUCCAGGGGAAAGAUGGGGACAGAAAGAGGGGGAUAAAAAUUGAGCUUUUAACACAGGACACCUUGCCAGAUAAACCAGUAGUCUUGCUAGAACUUUGGUCAUCACUUUUGUUUUAUGAAGCCAAAGUUAUAAAUCAGAAAUUGCCGUAGACAACAGGUUUUUUUUUUUAAAGUUCACUUCUGUUCUAGUAAAAACCGAGUAAUGCAGAGCUGGUUUGUGUAAACUGAAACGUUUCUAUUGUCAAUGCACUUACUUUGUUACUUUAGCACAUGCUAAUAAAAAUAACAAUACAAUUUACAUGUACAGUGCUUUUUUAAAAUCUCAGACGCUUAUGUAUGUUAAAGAAACAACACACCAAAAGCAUAAAACACAAUCACAUUAAAAGCAAUUCUGAAGAGGUGAGUUUUGAUGUGAACAUGGACA